AUAUGUUAAAAACGAUUUUCAAUUAUCUAUUAGUCAAAGCACCAUUAGUAGAAUUCUUAAUGAAUUUGGAAUGCAUUCUUAUGUUUUACCACGUAAACCUAAAUUAACUUCUAAACAAAAAAAAUUACGUUUAUCUUGGUGCACAAAGCAUUUAGAUUGGAGUGAAGAUGAUUGGAAGAACAUCAUUUUCACAGACGAAAGUCGUUUUCAAUUAAUUAACAGGAAAAAUCGUAUUUAUGUACGACGACAUCAUCGUGAUCCACAACGUUAUAAUCAUACACAAGUACGUGUUCAUACAGGAUGUGGUGUAGGUGUGUGGUCUUACUUGACAAGCAAUGGUGUAGGUAAUUUGGUGUUCUACAACGGUAGUCUCGAUUCAUAUGAAUAUAUCAACAUACUCAAACAACAUUUGAAAACAGCAUAUAACAAUUUUGCAACAAAUGGUCAAACUAAAAAUUUAUUACCAUAUGAUAAUGGCCGUUCUCAUACAAGUAAAUUAACACAAGAAUAUUUAAAUAAGCAACAUAUAAAUAUUUUGGAUAGUAGUAGUUGA